AUGUAUACCCCUGUCCCGUUCAACUCGAAUAAUAAUUCUUCAAAUAAUUUCUCCUCCACAGAUUCGUUACCUAAUUCAAAUUCAACUUCAAAUUUAACUUCACAUAAUCAUAUAAAUUCCACUUCAAACAACAAUAACAAUGUUCAAACAAGAAGAAGAGGUGCUAGUAUGAAUAUGUUGUUGAGCACUUUUGGUAUUAGACAACAACAAUCUGCUUCUGCAUCUUCAUCAAAUCAAGCAAAUCAAAUCACUUCCUCUUCAGUUUCUUCAAAUAAUCAAUCGAAUCUAUUAGGUAUCAAUGGUACAAAUAAUUCUGCUUUAAAUAUGGAAUUAACCCCACAGACUACAAAUAGUGUUACCGGUUCAGGUUUACCUUCUCCAACUAAUUUAUCAAACUCAAAUUUAAAUUUCGAAAGAGCUCAUCUUCAUAAUAACAAUCACGAUUUACAUUCCAAUAUUUAUUCUUCUUCAAACCCAAAUCUAGCAAAUAUUAACAUUAUCAAUUCUUCAAUUAAUGAUAUUCCAAGAGCAAUGACUCCCAAUGGUUACGGUAAUGUAAGACCAAAUAACCCCUUUUCCAAUACUUCAAGUUCAAAUAAUAUUGGCGCACCUUUAAGUAGAACAGAUACAAAUGGUAGGUUGACUCCAAUGAAUAAUAUUGGAACAAGUACCUCUACACAAAUUUAUAACAACAACAAUAACGGCAUGCCAAUUCCCAAUAAUGUUCGUUUAUCACAUUCAAAUAUAAUCACUGGAAGUGAUGGUCCUCCUUCAAGAUCUACUUCUCCAAAUCCCUUUAGACAAAAUAUGACAACUCCUUCAAGAAUAAAUAGAGCAAACACGGCAAGUCCAAGAACUUUUAGUUCAAAUAAUUUAAUUGCUCCCACUGGUAUUUCUACAGCAAGUGCAAAUGUAACUUCAAGACCUUUGGGAAUGAUUAAUAAUAAUACUCAACCUUUGGCAACAACUGCUGGUUCUGCUUCGAGUCCAAUCGUUAUAACAACUGCUCCAAAUAGUCCCUCUGUAGCGGCACCUAUCCCUACAACAACAACAAAGGGUAGAGCACCCACAAAUCCAAUUAAUAUUCCAGGUGGCACGGAACCAAUGAGUCCUGCUGUAGCUCAUGGAUUUUCUACAAGUCCCGUAGUACCACAACCAUUCCCCAAUGCAAAUUCUAAUGAAAAUAAUAAUGACCUUAACACAAUUCCUCAUCAUUCAAAUGUGAAUGGUAUGGGACAACAACAACAACAAGCUGAUGAUGAUGAUGAUAACAAUACUGAUGAUACUGAUGAAGAUGAUAUGGAUUUGGGACAUGAUGAAUUUGUCAAUAACGUCCAAUCAUUACCAAGAAUUUCUUCUCAUAAUACCAAUACCAAUGUUUCCAAUUCUACAAUUUCUCUAAGACAAUCUAAUGGUAGUAACAGAACCACUGCCAGAUCUACAAGAGCCAAUACAAGAACUCAAACGUCUGGAUCUCAUGUUCCACAUCAUGAUAUGAAUGCUCAAUUACCUAUUUCAAUUUCUUUAACUUCUUCAGAUUCCAACAACAAUAACAAUAAUAAUUCAAAUAAUGACUCUAGUAUUAAUUUAAGUGCCAAUCAUCAUCCAAUAAAUUUACAUGCUACAAAGGAUAAUCCAUUAAGUUUAAAAAAUUUACGUCAUUUCAUUUAUGGACCAAAUCAAAAAGAUGCUGAUAAGGCAUUACAUUUAGAAUCGCCACCAAAUCAAACAAUCCCAGCAAAAGUUGAUGAAGAAACUUUGAAAAAUAGAAAGACUAAAUAUGGAUUAUUUAGUAUUAGAUUAACUCCAUUUAUUGAUAGUCAUAGUUCUACGUCUCAUGCGGGUUUAUUUUUCGAUCCAGUGGUUAGAAAUGCAGGUGGUGGUUCACAAUUAGUUAUUGGUCGUUAUACUGAAAGAGUACGUGAAGCCAUCUCCAAGAUUCCUGAACAAUUCCAUCCUGUUGUGUUUAAAUCGAAAGUUGUCUCUAGAACUCAUGGUUGUUUUAAAGUUGAUUCUCAAGGUACUUGGUAUAUUAAAGAUGUUAAAUCUUCGAGUGGUACAUUUUUAAACCAUCAAAGAUUAUCACCAGCUUCAGCGUUAUCUAAGGAUGUCAUGUUACAUGAUGGUGAUAUAUUACAAUUAGGUAUGGAUUUCCGUGGUGGUACUGAAGAAAUUUAUCGAUGUGUUAAGAUGAGAGUGGAAUUGAAUAAAUCAUGGAAACGUAAGGCAAAUGCAUUUAAUAAAGAAGCUAUUCAAAGAAUGAAGAAUUUACAAAAGAUGACAUUAGGUUUAGAAGGUGAUGAUUGUUCUAUAUGUUUAUCCAAGAUUAAACCUUGUCAAGCUAUAUUUAUAUCGCCAUGUUCUCAUAGUUGGCAUUUCCAUUGUAUUCGUCGUUUAGUCAUGUUACAAUAUCCUCAAUUUGUUUGUCCAAACUGUAGAUCUACAUGUGAUUUGGAAAGUUCAUUAGAAAGUAGUGAUUCUGAAAAUGAAGAUAUUGAUAUUGAUAUGGGUGGUAAUGAUGAUGAUGAUGAUGGUGAUGAUGAUGAUGAAGGUGAUGAUGAAACAACAGCAAAUACUGAAAAGAAUAAACCAAAUAAUCGUACGAUUUCUAGAUUAAAUAAUACUAGGAGUAUACGAGCCUCCAGUAAUGUUGUUUAA